GUGAUGUGGUCAAUAAAUUCACCGAAAUAAACGAAGAGUAACCAUUUAUGGGCAAAAGCAGAAAACAGAGUUACUCAAACAAGCGGGAAUAAAUAUCUCUCCCUCUCUCCAUCAAAUCCCUCAAUGCUACAUGAAUUUCAGAGCAGCGCCUGCAAUUUAUUGAGGUUGAAGCCAUUAAUAUAGCACAUUGAGUAAUCAGGUUCAACAAAAUGAGUAGUAGUAAAGAAUCAAUGGAAUUAGGCGGCGGUGGAAGAAGAAGAAGAGGCGGCGCCCCAAAAGAAGGCUCUGUUUGGGAGAGCAGAAUGAAGCUCGACAAAGUCAAAGGCGGCAUCAAAGUUUUCAAGGCCGCUGAUCAAAAUUCAGAGCAAACCACUCACACUCAAAAUGAUGUUACAGAGACGAACUCUGAGAUUGAGAUUUGCAGGGAUGCGAAGCCCAAACAGAGCCCUAACGGGAAGAGGAAAACAUGGAAAUCCGAAAGUUCUGAUGGGAGUCCGGUUAAGAUUGCGGUUCUGAGAUCUGAAUUGUGCAGGAAUUUCGAUGAACAGAUCAGCGAAUCGGCGAAGAAAAGCCCCGUUUCGAUCAGAAAUCCAAGUGUGAGAAAGGCGAAUGCAAGAGCAUCUGUUGGUGAGAAAACCGAGAAAUCUGAUGGUGAUGAUGAGAGAGAGAGAAAGUCGAGAUCUGACGAGGAUUGUGAGGAGAAGCAGGCUGCUAUUACGAGCAGUGUGCCCCAAAUCAAUGGCGGAGAUGAAUCAGAUUUAAAUGAAGAUAAGGAAAUCGAAGCUGAAAACAAGAGCGUUGAUGUUGAAGAGAUUGGUGUCGGUGAUCACAAGCACAAGAGAAAUGUGAUUGUGGAGAAGAAAUCGGUCCAGAGAUAUCCAAAACCAGUGCCCGUUUCAUCAUCAAUUGCCAGAAAUCAGCCUCCUCCUGCUGCAAAUCAUGCCAGAUUUAAUUCAAUCCCAACAAAGAUCAACAAUAGAUCAGAAAAUUUUCCAAGAGCAAGCAGCAAACUACAAAGUUUCGUCGACCUUGUAAUGUGGAGAGACGUAUCAAAAUCAGCAUUUGUUUUUGGGAUUGGAACAUUUGCUAUCAUAUCAUCUUCAUUCACAAAGGAUCUCAACAUCAGCUUCAUUUCUGUGCUUUCCUACUUGGGACUUGUGUACCUUGCUUCUAAUUUCCUCUUUAGAUCCCUAAUUAGCAGAGGAUCAGUGGAGAAUGAGUGUACAAAUCAAGAUUGUGUUAUUGGUGAAGAAGAAGCAAUUUGGGUGACAAAAAUGCUUCUGCCAUUUAUAAAUGAGUUUCUUCUCAAACUGAGAGCUCUUUUCUCGGGCGACCCUUCCACCACGAUGAAGUUGGCAGUGCUGCUGUUCAUUUUGGCAAGGUGUGGAAGCUCCAUUACUAUCUGGACAACGGCCAAGUUAGGUUUUAUUGGAGUAUUUACUUUGCCUAAAAUCUGCUCACCAUACUCCUCUCAGAUUACUGCAUACGGUAGAAUAUGGAUGAAACGAUUUGGAGAGGCAUGGAGGUCAUGUAGUCACAAAAAAGCAGUAGGAUUUGGCAUCUUGGCUCUUGGCUGGAAUUUGUCAUCCGUGGUUUACCGUAUUUGGGCAGUGUUCAUGUUAUUUGUGGCAUUCAAGCACUAUCAGCAGUCGUUCAUCGCGGAGGGGUGGGCCCACCACGAAGCCAUCAACGGUCACCAUUCUUCUUCCCAAGCUCCUACAGCUACACAUCAAAAUAGAGGCAAACUAAAGAAAGAGUGUUGAGAUAUUCAAUUAAUUUUUUAGGAAUAUAUUUCUGGCAUUGCGUUUCAUUUUGUUUA